UCCCCCAUCCCCGAACCUGGACCCUGGUCCCCAUCGCCGUUCCUGCCCUGCUAAAGUAAUCUCCAUCGCCAAAUACAUCAAACGACAAACGCUUGAUUUCAUUGUUUUAGCGCAGGCUAAAAGUGAUUGGACGAGAGGGGUACCCCAUCGUGGCCACUCGAAAAAAAAAAAAAAAAAAAAACAAACAAAUCGGAUGAUUCUGCCUCUCUCCCAGCCACUAAUUUGCGCGCCAAUUGAUCCCGAUUAGAAGCUCUGCAAAAUCUCAACCCACCCACGCCCCUAAAACUAAAAUUCCUCCAAAAAUCUCACUCUCCCUUCAUUAUCUGUUACAUCUCUUCCUCAUCUCUGCAUGGGUGAUGGAUAGUGAUAGAGUCGGCAAAAAUGCAGCAGAUUCAUGGGUUCUCUCCCCCCCCUCAGGGAACUCUAACUCUCUUCUGCUGUGUUCCCUGUUCACUAACAAAACCACUUCACUUUCUGUACAGAUGUUCUACUUCUCCUGCUUCUUCUACGUUCUCGCGACGUCUAGUCAAGAAGGAUUCCUCUAACAGGUCCCAAAUGCUUCAUCUGAGACAGAAUCCCAAAAGACUCACUUCACGGAUAUUGGAGCUUAGCCGCAGAAAGCAAUUGCGUCAGAUCUUCGAGGAAGUCGAGCUUGCGAAAAGCCGGUAUGGGAAGCUGAACACAAUCGUGAUGAACGCAGUCAUGGAGGCAUGUGUACACUGUGGAGAUGUUGAUUCAGCUCUUCAGCUGUUUGAAGAGAUGUCUAAACCAGAGGGCUGUGGCGUUGAUAAUAUCACUUACGGGAUCUUGCUAAAGGGCUUGGGUGAGGCUAGAAAAGUUGAUGAAGCAUUUCGCAUACUUGAAUCCGUGGAACAAGGUACUGCUGUGGGAAGUCCAAAGUUGUCCCCACCACUCAUGUAUGGUCUGUUAAAUGCGUUGAUUGAAGCAGGAGAUCUACGCCGUGCUAAUGGUCUGCUUGCACGUUAUCGUGUUGUUCUAAAUGAAUGUGAUGGCCCUUCAAUCAUAGUGUACAAUUUACUGAUGAAGGGAUAUAUAAACAUGGGUUUUCCUCAGCAUGCUUUAUCUUUGUAUGAUGAAAUACUACGCCAAGGAUUGAAGCCUGAUAAGCUCACUUAUAACACUAUGAUCUUUGCAUGUGUUAAGUCUGGGAGAAUGGACGCUGCAAUGCACCUGUUUUUAGAAAUGAAGGAUCAAGCAGAUAAUGCUAAACAUCAUCAUCUUCUUCCUGAUGUUAUCACUUACACUAUAUUAAUUAAGGGUUUUGGAGAUGGCAAAGACCUUCCUUCUGUUCAGAAGAUUGUGAUGGAAAUAAAAUCAUCUCAUGAUUUGUUUGUUGAUCGAGUUGCAUACACUGCAAUAAUUGAUGCGCUCCUAAAUUGUGGCUCAAUGAAAGGUGCUCUUUGUAUAUUUGGAGAGAUAUUGAAGCAGGCUGGUUUAAAUCCUGUCCUACGACCAAAGCCUCACCUAUUUCUUUCUAUGAUGCGGGCUUUCGCUAUUAAAGGAGACUAUAGAAUGGUCCAAAGUCUGCAUACACGCAUGUGGACAGAUACUUCAGGAACAAUCACUCCUGCAGUUCAUGUAGAAGCUGACGAGCUUCUCAUGGAAGCGGCAAUAAAUGAUGGCCAGGUUGAUACAGCAAGACAUAUUCUUUCAAGUAUUAUUAGAAGACGGAAUAAGGUGCCUUUGACAAAUAGAGGAAGCAUGGUUGCUGUGCGAUUAGAGGUUUUAUCUGGGUUCGUGCAAUCAAUGUUUAGUCCUUACCUUCUUCCUCAGGUAUCACUGGAUGAUCCUAUUGAGAAAAUUAUGAUUCCAUUUGAAGAAGCUCGGCCUUUAGUAGCUUACUUGAACUUGAAGGAAGUGGUGAUGCGUUUCUUUAGGGACACCGUUGUGCCUAUUAUAGAUGACUGGGGCAGCUGUGUUGGGCUACUUCACCGUGAAGACUGCACUGAGCUGAAUGCACCACUUUCAACAAUGAUGAGGAGCCCACCUCCUUGCGUUACAGCAUCAACAUCUAUUGAACGAGUGAUAAAACUAAUUCUGGAAAAAAGGUUUAAAAUGAUCAUCAUUGUAAAAUCUGGCAAUUUUUUUGGCACUGAUUACAGCUCUAGCUUUAGAGCGCUUGGCAUUUUUACUUCUGAAAGAUUGUAUAAGCUCACCAUUCCAGUAUUUGAGGGGCAGAAACAUUGUAGUUAUACAACAUCAACGUAAUAUAUAUAGCUCUCUAGAGAGAGCCAUUCUUAUUUUUA